AUGGAAAGCAGACUGCAGGAACUGGAAGAACGGCACGUUAGCGUGUACCGUGAGCUCUUAACGGCGUUAGACGAGCUCUAUCUACUCAGGAAGGGCAUUCAACCCGAGGACGAAACGCUAUUGGUGGUGCGUCGCAAGCUACAAUCUUCGCUGACAAUGACGGCUCCUAUGAUGAGCGCGAUGAAUGGCAAGACUGCGUUGGACAAAAGGCUCACAAGACUGAUGAAAGAAAACCAUGAGCUGGAUGCAGAGGUGGCGGCGCACCAGGACGAAAAGCUGAGGCUUCUACGCGAGCUGAGCGACGAGCGCAUGCGCUACAAAGAACUGGUCAACAACGCACGCGAGCUGACCGAGAGGCAGGCGCACGCGCAAGGGAUUGGAGAACAAAGAAUGCCCCGAGGCCGCCAGGAUGCUAACAAGAGUACAGACAGCGACUUGUAUGACAGCAGCGAGCAAGGCGAUUCGACAGAAGCUGGAUCAGAGCAGCGCGACAAAGCCCAGAUCGAACGAGAAAAUGAGGCUCUUAGGGAACUGCUUGUGGGAAUGAUAGUCCACGGGGGUUAUCUUGGUACGAAUAAGGUGUUUGACGAAUGGCUGGGGGAUCUGUGA